AUGAAGCUCACUUCAGCCUCCAUCCGUAACGUUAUCCACCCGACAGCUGCCUUUGUACCGAGCGUUCCAAAUUCCUCAAGCCCUCAUUCCACCGAGCCAGAAUCUCAGUCGUGGCUCCACUCCCAACUGAACCCCAAGAACCGAAUCGAUAGUCUCGAGUUACUGGAAAACCCCCUUUGGAGAAUCGAUGGGUGUACCGGCCAAGGAACUCAGUUUUGUGCACUGCCUCUGUUCUUAGGAAACCAUAUCCCGCCCCUUCGAUUUGAUGUGUUCCUCCCUCAGGAAGCGGGCAGCUGCCAACGGCUACGGGACCUCCUCGACCUAGAUGCCGCUUUCCACACGAAGGAUACCGUCCGAGUACAGAGGCUCGGCAUUUCGCGUCAUAUCCUGCGAACACUGCAAGCGUGGACUCAAUCAAGUCAACAGGGCGACAACAAACAUAGCUUUGCUGAGAUGUAUAGCAGGAACUUGCCCUUUGGAUCCCGAAUCAUCUUUGAGAAUCUUGAGUUUGAUAUCCGUAACAUCAAAAUUACUAUUGCCCAAACGUUCCACCUCGAGGGACAGCUCCUUGGACUUUCGAAGCUCGGAGCCCACCUUGGUCUGCCUCAGGAUAAUCUUCCGGAGCCGAUAGACAUCUUCAAGCUCCACAUCGUGCGUCAACUUACCGAGAGUGUGUGCCUUGUUUGCAUAGAAGAUGAUGAUAGUGAUCGUGGGAUGGCCAUGGCCACAGACGACACCGCCAACGGAACAAGGGCGAAGAAGAGGAAGCUCUGGAUCUUGAAGGCCUUGACCAGCGGCACCAAAUACCUCUACACCGAACUGCGUAAUCUGCUGCAGAUGCCACCCCACCCCCAUGUCAUCUCACGUCCGGUACGUCUUGUGACCAAGCAGUGUCAAUUUGGAGGCAAGAACGCAGUCGUCGGGUUCAUUAUACCCUAUCAUCCAGGUGGAGGCCUCAGAGACACCCUACCGCUCCUUCGCAUCCAUGGGCAGCCUGCGCUCAAAGACCAACUUAAAUGGGCUAUCCAGCUGGCUCAGGGUCUGUUACACAUUCAUGACAAAGGCCAGAUGUACUAUCCCGAUCUCCGUCUUGACAACAUCCUCCUUUCCGAGGCCGGAGACAUAGUCAUGGUAGACUUCGAGCAGCGCGGGCUGUGGUGCGAGUUUGGCGCGCCUGAGGUGAACGCCCUGGAUUACGUACGCAUCCUAGCCAGUGACAGCUUGCUCGAAGACAAUGAUCUGGGCCUCUGCAUACCCGAGGACAUCAUAGCGAGAUACGCCGCUCUGCUCACGCGGGAGUUGCCAGACUGGGAAGCCCUAGAAACCUGUGAAAACUACAGCCAACGGCCGGAAGGUCACACCAGCUUCAACAUCGCAUGGCUAUGCCUCUCAAAGGUGGAACAGGAGGCAGCGGUAGUAUAUAUGUUGGGAAAACUACUCUGGUGCAUCUUCGAAGGCCAGAGUGGCCCGGACAAGGCCGCUUUCUGGCAGUCCUAUGCUCGCGAGCCUGAUUUGCAGUUCCCAGCGAUGAGACAAACCCCUACUGGGCUGCGAGACUUGGUGGAUCAGUGUACCAGGGGUCGAAGGGGGGUUUUGUCGAGCCUGAUCACGCGGCGGGGCAGUAAAUUGGUCUUGGUGCACGAGAAAGACACUCACCAAGGGUCUUGUUUACUUGAUGGUACUGUCACUGAUAGGGAGGAAGACGAAGAAGAAGGAGAGGUUCUUCAAGUCGCGAAGAACUGGUGGAUCACAGAGGUCAAAGCUGCAGAAGACUUUUUGCAGAUGCGACAUGAGAUGAAAGAGCGUGGUGAGUGGAACGAGAACUACUUUGACCGACCGAGUCUCAAGGAGGUCAUCAACCGUCUUGAGGAUUUUCAGAAACGAAGUUCGCAAUUUGGUGAGUAG